GUGCGCGGCGACACCGCGCGCGACGCGUUUUUCGCGCUCGGUCCCGCUCGACCGCGCGCGCGCCGCGCGCACGCCGCGCCGCGCGCGUUCCUGUGGUGGAGCCGCGAGAAGGAGCUGCGCAAGCGAUGGAAGCAGCUCGCCGACUUCGCCGCGGACGAGAUCCCGGAGAGCUCGCCGUUGGCACGCUCGAAAGGACUCAUCCAGUGGGUGGGUGAAUAUCCGCUCACGGCGGCGUCCGCGGCGACGGCCAUCGCCGGCGGCGUCAGCGCGCUGAUCUCCGCCGCGGUGUUGCCCGUCGUCGUCGGCGUCGCCGUGCUCGCGCUGCCGGGCUUGCUGUUCGCGUUCGUCGGUACGGCGGCGGUGGCGUCGCUCGUCGGAGCGCUCGUGCUGCUGCUGUCGCUGCCGGCGUUGGGAUUUUUGUCGGUGUUCGGAGGGACGAUCGCCGCGGCGGCGAGCGCAAAGUUAUUACCGAUCGCGAUCAUCGGGUCGGGACUGUUGUUCGGCGCGAACGCGAUCAAGUGGGGGAUGUCGGGCGACGCUCGCGCGGAGCGCUUGAAGGCGGGCGCCGACGUCGACGACGACGCUUGGUCGCCUCGAAACGUCAACGCCGUCGACGACACGGACGAAAGCAGCAGCUCGGAAGAUUACGAGGAAACAGUUAAACGUAAUUUCGACGCGCGUUUGCGCGCCUUAGACGAAAAGAAGAAGAAGUGA